GUGGGUUGAUUGUUUGUUUGCUAGUUGAAGUUGUUUUCAGUCUGAAACGAAUUGUUGUGAGCGAUGGACGGAAGAGGAACUGGCUGCGUUUAGAAUAUUUCAACGGAUUUGUGUAUUUUUUUUUGUGCAUUUGUGAAUUGUUGAUGGGGCAAAGAGGCUAGCUAGCCAGCAGCCAGUCAGUGUCAGAAUCAGAGUCAAUGCGGUGAAGUACAGUGACAGACAGCCACCACAUAGACGGCAGGCCGGUAGAUAAAAUCAGAUAGGCAGUGAAGCUUGAAGAGUUGAAGAUAGCGCGCGAUUUGUAAGAAAAAAUUGAAAAAUUGCAAUAAGAAAAUCAAAAAAUCAAUCAAAAUUUCACAUCAAGCUGAGUGUAUUGGCAUCUUAUUUUUAAAACUUCAAUAAAAAAUUUAUUAAAGUGGAGUGUACGAGCAAUAAAUUAGUGUCAAAGAGAACGAAAUAGGUUACAAAAUCCUUAAAGCUCACAGAAACAUUGUAUGUAUGUGCAGAAAAAUCAAAGAAAAAGCAAAACCGACUACCAACAAACAAGUCAGCCAAAUUAAUAGAAGGCCAACUGCUAGACAGCCAAACCGCCCCCGAAAAGCAGGCAACACAUCACACCGCAAAAGGACGAAGCAUCAAAGCAAAAGGAUAAUUUGUUAGCGUGAUUGUGCAGACAUAGGGCGCCGUACAAAAAGGAAAAUAACAAAAAUUUAAAUAACUUAAAAAAAAAACGCGGCGUGCAACGUGUCUGAUCUGAUAAAAUCAAAGAAAUUAAGCCUUGUAUCUCAUAGACACCAGCAAUUUUAGCUAGCGUCUGCUUUAGCAGGUUAACAAAAACUACAAACAAACCAAAAUUAAAAUAACUCACUUUUCAAACCAAAUACUCCAUACCCGAUUAUCAGUGGAAUUGUGCAGUGCAUUAACGGUAUACAUACUUGCAUAAACACAUACCUACAUACAUAUGUAUGUAUGUUGAUGUGUUAAAGAGAACGCGAAGUGGUGGUUUAUAUUAGAAAAUUCCUUUUGUUCCUCUCGACGUUUCUGGGGCGCAUUUCGGAACCGAACAAAUACUUCUGGAGUAGAAAAUAAUACAAAGACUGCAAAUUUUGUAUUUUUUUCUUAUCAACAAAAACUCACAUCAAACAACGUGAAAACCACUGACUGAUUUACUCUGCCAAAAAAUAUGUAAAAACCUAAGUCUUUAACAAGAUUUAUAACAAGAAAACUUUAAAAAUUAGUUAGCAGCAAAUCAAAUUUACAACAAAACCAAAGUAGUUUUCUAACUUUUUUACGAAGAAAAAAGUUUUUAGUGCAAGUCAUAAAAAACCUCGAAAAACAAUAAAAUAAAUUUAAAAUAAACAAGAAUCAAAAAUACUAAAUAGUACUUUCAACAAAUUGCGCAGCAAUAAAAGUAGAAAUUACAAAAAAACACUACCACAAAUCAGUUCCACUUCAUUUGACGCAACUUUUCAACGACUACCGCAACUACAUAGUUACUCGUACAUACAACUCGUUCAACUUUUCCGCACAUCAUCUGCUCUCAUAAAUAGGCAUACCUUCACGAGCAAGCAACGUUCAAUCGCCUGCAAGUGUAGCAAGGAAUGCAGCGUUGUCCCUACAUACAUGAAAUGCGAGAACGUCUACUGAACGAGCAGCCGCGUGAGUCAGUACCGUUAGAGCAAAUGGAGCGCGCCAAUCUACUAGACAAUCGACAAUCGGCUGAUUCGCAUCAGCUACACGCCGAUGGCUAUCACACGAGUCCAGCACAUCAGCGAACGCCGUUAGUGCCGCGCGAUCUGGGCGAGGAUUUCAAUUUGGAUUUUGACGAUGAUUUUCCGAUUGAUGCGCGUCGGCCUAAAAAUGCCAAGGUUUGCUAUUCAAUUAAGCCAAAUCCAAAUCGAAGUUUUCUACCAGCAAGAAUCACCGUUCAUGGCACUUAUCAGACUAACAUAAUAACAGGACCGAUUGAACUAUGGACCUCGCUGUUCAUCGUCACCAGUUUGGUGUAUGCCAUCAUUUUGAUUGUUGUCUGCAUUGCCUAUGUGAUUAGCGAUGUGACAACCCACCGUCUGCCAGUGCUCUACUAUGAAACAUUCUUUACGUAUUUGUAUGGUGUCAGCAUACUCUUCCUAUUGUAUGUAUUUUGCUUCCUGUUGCAGGAGAGUUCCUGCUGUAAUGGCGGCAGUAAACCGAAAUCACCACCAAAGGAGAAAAAAUCAAAGAAAAAAUUACCAGAUCCAACCGAUUCGAAGGAUGCGAAGGGUUCCAAGGAUUCUGGCAAAACCGGCAAACCGAGUCCAUAUCAGGAGCGAUAUCCGGUUAAGAAACGUGAUCUCGUACGACAGUCUUUGACGUUACAGGAUUCGCAGGCUGAGGCUGAGGUCGCUGUUACUACGAAGAAUGUACGAAAACGCAAAACAACCCACAGUGAUCCCACACAUGGUAGCUUCUUUUUGCGUGUGGGCGCCAUUGCAUUUGGUUUGGGCGCCAUGAUCUACAUUGGACUGGAGUUUGGUUCUUUCUUCGAAAUCCCAUUCGACUCGCCAUGCCAUCACAUUUUGAUCGGCGUUAAUCCAUUGCUACAGAUGAUAUUCACCUUUAUGCAGAUGUAUUUCAUCUUCAUGAAUGCCAGACUGAAUAUUCACCGCUUCAAGGUUAUCGCCCGUUUCGGUCUCAUGCAUGUUGUCGCUACCAAUAUUUGCGUUUGGAUACGCACGCUCGUCAAGGAAUCAUUGCUCGAAAUCACCCUUCAUCAUCAACGUCGCGAACCCGAUCCCGAUGCCUCGUCCAUUGCCCAGUCCAUACGCCAACAUGCAUUACGACAUGCUGGCACAGUUCUGCGCACACACGCCGGACCAAAUGAGCAAUUUGAGGUACUGGACGGCGAGGAUUUACUUCCCGCCAAUGCCUACAAAACCGACAAUGUGCUCUCGAAAUUGGUGCGCAAAACUGUUGAUGGCAUCUCCAAGUCGUUCGGCAUGGGCGCUGCUGCAGGCGCCAAUGCCAAUGCAGCGCUCACCACGCUGCUCACAUCCACCACCAGACCCACGACCAUCACCACCACAACCACUACCCCACGUCCCUAUUUCACCACACCAUCGUAUCAGUGGCAAAGCACUACUAUGGCACGCAAGUUGAAGAAGUUUAUCACGAGCACAACAGCUGCCACGACCACAACGUUGGGCACCACACCUGCCACCAUACCAUCAACUACAACGCUGGCGAGCAGCCCUUUAACAACAACCACCACCGCAACAACCACGACCACUGAGGCACCCUUCAGACAUCACUUUGAGCAUUCGGCAUUUACGACUGGUGCCCCAAGCGUUGCCACCGAUUAUCUUAUGUCCACACACGGCGCUCUUAUUGCCGACUCGCCAUCUACCACUGCCGAGACUAUGUCCUCUAGCAUCGGUUCGAGUAUUGGCUCGUUCUUUAAUAGUUUAAUAUCGUCGACGCCUAGCACCACCGUUAGCACAACCACACCCUCCACUACCACUGAGAAUGCUUUGAAUGUGAUGACCAACUUGCUUGGUCCCGGCAUGAAUAAUUUCCAAACCUACUCGGGCAUCUCCCAUCCAGAGUCGACUGGCAUAGUGAGUUUUGAAAAUAUCGAGAGCCUCGAUAAUAUCUAUCCCGCCGCAUUGUCCUCCAACAUUGGUACUUUGAAUUCGACCGCUUGUGGACGUGUCGAUAUUAUGGGCACAAUUGUCUACGAUUCGGCACCUUUCCUGUAUCCCUUCAUUAUCGAAUACUCACUGAUUGGCGCUGUUGUCUUGUAUGUGAUGUGGAAGCACAUCGGACGUUAUCCGGGUCGUAUGAACGACGAGGAUUUGGAGCAUCGUUUGGAAGUGAUGUUAUCACGUCGCGCUGUAGCAAUGGCGCAUCAGGCCCGUUCCGGACGUGUCGAUUGCGUGGGCUCGUCGAAAGGGUUGUUCUUUGGUCUGUUGUUGCUGGUAGGUGCUUUGAUUUGCCUGAUACUCUUCUUCGUCUUGGUGCGUCAUCAGCAGUUCUCGCUGCUAGCAAUUUACCUUGCCGACGCAAGUCACUGUAUACUCAUGGCAUUCGCUGUGCUCGCCAUCAUCAUUGGUUUUAUAAGAGUUAAAAAUUUGAAAUUUCGCUGUGAAGAGCAAUCCAAUCUUAACGACAUUCUACUACGCAUUUCCGCUUUUGGUCUCUUCACCUACUCGGUAUUUGGCGUUAUUGCCGGCAGUUUAAAGGCGCUCGAAAGCGAACCAAAUCUUCUAGUCAUGACCACAAGCGCUGUAGCGGUAUUCCAGGUGAUCUUACAAUUGCUCUUCAUAGCCGAUGUUUCGCGUCGUCGCGUUCACUUGCCCGAACAUGAUCGCAGCAAACCGGGCCGUCAGAUUGUCACAUUCCUAUUGAUCUGUAAUGUGGCUAUGUUUGCUAUUUACACGUUUGAAGCUCAAAAAGUAUUCGCCAAUCCUGUUCAACUAGACUUCUACGGCUUUGUGCCAUGGUCAAUAAUUCAACGCGUCACACUGCCACUUUGCAUUUUCCACCGCUUCCAUAGCGCUGUAACACUCGCCGAAAUCUGGAAGACAACGUACAAGGCACGCUUGGAAUAAGGAAACACGCUGGAUCUAGAAAACAUAUUCAUGUAGAGAGCUGAUCAAAGUGUAAUGAAAGAAAUUGAGUAAACAGCAAAGAAACUGCCAAACUGCAAAAAGGUACCAAAAAGCAAGAAAUAAAGGAUCGGAGGAAAAAGAUAUUGGUAAACGUGAAAUGCGGAAAAAGAAAUUCAAACGAACCAGAUGAAUUAUACGAAAAAAUAUAAAAGAGCAACAGCGUAAAAUAGUUAAAAUUUAAAACAGAAAAAAGCAAGCAAAAAUAUGUAUGUAAUAACAGGAAUAGCCGUGCGAAAAAGCUAGGCAGCAGCAGUGUAGGGUCAAAAAAGGACUUGAGGUCAAGCAAUUUGAACCAUUAAAUAGGUUACUCGCAUACGCAACCAUACACAGCCACAAAUACACCAUAAACAUGCAACAGCUAUGCAAUGCUAAGCAACAUGAACAUGAACAUACACUCAGAAAAAUGCAUAAUACAUAGUAAAAAGAAA